AAGUCUAACGCCAGGAAGAAACCACUCAAUUCAAAAACGACUCAGUGACAACAAAAAUUUUGAAAUUUUUAAGAAAUUUCAAAAAAACGCAAACUCAACUCCAGCUUGAAGAAAAUUACUCAACUCAAAAAAAAAAAACUUAACAAAAAAGAAGCCUUCCUGAAAACAACUAAAAAAGAAUUUCUACAAAUUUAAUAAAAUUUGGAAAAGAAAAAAAAACAAUCAUUUAAGUUAAGAAGGAAAUCACUCAAGCUAAGAAGGAAAUCACUCAAGCUAAGAAGGAAAUCACUCAAGCUAAGAAGGAAAUCACUUAAGCUUUUGCAAAAAACACAAUCAUUCAAGUUAAAGAGGAAAUCGCUCAAGCUAAAAAGGAAAUCACUUAGGCUUAGAAGGAAAUCACUCAAGCUAAGUAGCAAAUCACUCAAUUGGAAAAUUACCUGAUUGAACAGAAAUUUGUUUAAAAAGAUCAAAAAUCAUCGAACAUAAAAAAAUUUAAGGAAUUUCAUAAAAAUAAAUCAAAAUCACUCAAGUUAAAGGAAAACCACUCAAUCAUUAAAAACCUCCAAUUUAAAGAAAAUUGUGCUAAAACCCUUAUAACUUCAAAAAAUUUGCGGAAAAAGCUAAGAAAUCAAGAAAACUAUAGUUUAAUUCAAAAUAAACAAAAAAAAAACACUCAAUAUUGGUUACCAAAACUUAAGUAAGAUUUGUAAAGAAAACCAAAGACUUUGGUGUUAAUAACCAUUUGCCGAAGAAAACAACAACAAAAUCUGCUGUAAAAACAAAAUCACUCACAAUAAACGAAAAAGCACUCAAUUUGAAAUUGUGUAAAAACGAUAGAAAUCAUCUCCUGGACUUACAAAAUAAAGACUGCCGCUAAAAAAAUAAAAGAAUUUUCAACCAUUAAGAUUUCACUCAAGCUGAUUUGGGAAAAAACACUCCAUCUGUAAUAGUUGAAAACAAAGUAUUUCGCAAUUAUUUGUAUUUACCAACAAACCGGAGGCAAUUGCUAAAAAAACAUCCCCGUAUAUUUUACAAAAAGGAAAAGUAAACAACAAACCUUUAAAAACGAGAGCGACCAUAAGAUUUUGUAAAAAAAGAGUGAACAACGAUUUUGAGUCUUACGAAAAAAAAACUCAACUAAAAAUUGGGAGUUUAAACAAGCAAAUAAGUUGUUUGUUCGUUUUUGCAGAACAUUACAUUUGGCGGAUAUAAACAAUGUGUGAUCCAUAAAACCCAUGAAAUCCUAAUUCACACAAGUUUCCUGAAAAAACACUCAUUCAAAAAUUCAUUCAAACCAACUGGCAAAAAGUGAAAAAACCAACAUAGAGUUUCACUCAAGCUGCAAGAAAAAUCACUCAAUUCAAAAGUUGGUACCAAUACUAACCACAUAACAAAAGGACUUGAAAAUUAAAGUUCCCUCAAGCAAAAGGAAGGGCUUGAAACAAAAUAUUGAGAGGAUUAAUAUCAAAAUUUCACUCAAUUACAACUACAAAACGCUCAAAUUGUCUUUGAGUAUACAAAAGAGAUUAUCAAGCCAUUGAAAGUAUUUUGUAGAUAAGAAGAAACAUUUCCAGGAAACCAUUUUGAGUUUCACUCUCAAACUUAGUAAAACCGAUUAAAACAAAAAAAGUUAUUCUGAACAGAAUCUCUUUGGAAAACCACUCAAUUCUGUAACUGAAAUCUUGGAGAGCACAAACCAAAGGUUGUAUCAAACAUGAGUGGAGUUCAAAGACAACUCAGUAGACCCCCACCUCAACAACAACGAAAACAACACAUUUCCUAAAUAAGGAAAAGAAUAGAGAAAUACUCAUAAGAGUAAGAGAGAGAGAGAGAGAGUGAGACAAGUUCUCCAACCCUUAGAAACCAAAUAAAUUGAUCUCCCCUUUACCAUAUUUACUUAAAGGGUUUUUCCUUUAGAACCCCCCCCCCCCCCCCACUUUACUUUUGGUCUGACAAACCACUCCGUUUUUUGGAAAGGAUCACAACAAAAACAAUGAUUAGUGAAUCAACAGUGAAUGGGUUUCCAGACGAAGAAGAUUCCAAUCAACAAAAUCUUCCCCAAGCACAGCAGCAACAGCUGUUGUUGUCAACACAUAACCAACAUCAACACCAACACAACAAUCAUCAGCAGGAUCAGUUGGUUUACACCUCCUUUCACGAACAUUUUGAACAAGCCUUGAUCAAUGAAUUGUUCGAGGAAGAUAUCAAGGACUACCCGUAUAACGAAGAGGAAGAUAUCAAGGAGUACCCGUAUAACUGUACACAACAGCAACAGCAACUGCAACAACCACAAGAACGCUGUUCAACUUUGGCAAUCCAUGAAUUGAUCAAAGACGAGGAGGAAUUUAUCAGCGACGAAGUAUACGAACACGAAGAGGAGGAAGAGAAUUUCCACGAAGUCUUGGUGGCAUCAUGUGAGCCAGAAGAAGAAGAAGAAGAGGUAGUAGUAGAAAGCGAGCAGGAGGUAAAAACCACCGAAGAAAUACAACAAACAACAGUGCCUGAGGCAGCAACGGCACUGAGACAGCAAAAACGCAAAAUAAAAGCAACAACGUCAACGCCAAAUAUUACUCAUGCUAAAACAACAACAGCAACAAAGGCAAGACAACAGCAACAACAAAUGCUUACAUUGGCCAAUGGCAUAUGUAACAAAUCCAAUAAUAACAAUAACAACACAAUCACCAACAACAACAACAACAACAACAACAACACAAUAAUCUUAAUUAGCAACAUUCACAACAGCAAUAGCAACAGCAGUGUUAUAAGCUCGCACAGCGCUAGCAACAGCAGUAGUAUUGUCAGCUUGAACAGCAGCAACGCCAGGACCUCAGCUGCCGCCAGCAGCAGCAACAACAACGGCAAUAAUCACAAACUAAGCAACGGCAGCAAUAACGCUCACCACCAACAUCCACAGCUGCAACUGCAAUUGAGCAGCAGUACUUCUGUGGCCAGCCCCUUAAGCACCAACAGCGAUUGCACUGGCGAUGAUAGCAGUCAAAAAAUCAACAUAAAUUUUGAAAAUAAUUUAAACUUUUUAAAUUUCAAAAAUUAUCCAAGCUCAGAGGAUUUUUCAAGUCUCUCAACACCAACAUCACCGAACAUCAAUCACAAUAACAAUAGCAACACCAACAGCUUUAAAAUGGAACAUCAGCAACAAUUGCAACAGCAUUUUCUGCAGCAGCAGCAGCAGCUUCAACAACAGCAACAUCAACAGAUUGUUGUCUUUGGCUCGCAAAGGGUUAACAUGAACUCGAGUACCCCGUAUUCAGAUGCAACUCAAACGAAAAAACAUUCGCCCGGCCACAUAAAACGGCCCAUGAAUGCAUUUAUGGUGUGGAGCCAAAUGGAGCGACGCAAAAUCUGCGAAAAGACUCCCGAUAUGCACAAUGCAGAGAUCUCCAAAGAAUUGGGCAGACGAUGGCAACUAUUGAGCAAAGAGGAAAAACAGCCCUACCAAAUGGAGGCGGAGAAAUUGCGCAAGCUGCACAUGAUCGAGUAUCCCAAUUACAAAUAUAGACCCCAAAAGAAAUUGCCCAGAGCCAAUUCGGGUUCGAGCAAAAGCUCUCAGGAUGGCUCACACAAUGAGAGCUCUGACAUGAAUUCAUCUGCCUCGCCCUCAACCUCGCAAAAGAGUCCAGGGCCCGGAGGCAGUGGAGGUGUUGGUGGUAACACCGCCAAGCCAGGACGCAAAGGCAAACGUACUUCCUCGGGCAGUUCUUCCACCAAUUAUGGCACAACCCCACCACCCGUAAAAAAGCAACGCCACAAUAGUUGCAAAUCGCUUAACAAUAUGAGUACCAACACCACCACCCACCUCAAUGCCAGCUCUACCAGUACUCUGAACUAUGAUGACGACGAAGAUGAGUUUGGGACUCGCACCAAUGCCUCCACACCUCUCCAUAACUUGGACAUUAGCAGUAGUUAUUUAAAUUCCACAACGGCAAGUGAUUAUCAAAUUACCUCAGGCAGUUACUACACCCCAGACGAUCUGACCUCAGCGGAUCUCAGCAAAAAUGUGAUGCUACAAGUUACCAAUGAGCCGAACCCGCAAAGGCUGCCAAUGUUGGCAAAUCUAAGGCCCAAUGAGCUGCACUUCAAGCAUGAGCUGCCGGACCAGGAGGAUUGCGACGAUGCCAAGGGGGGCUCGGUCUACACCUUGAUGAGAAGCAACUUUUUUGAGUCCCCAGUGGCCGAAUUUGAUGAUAAUGAGUGUGGCGGCGAAAUGGAGAUGCAUGCCUCCUACAAUGGUCAUGGUCAUCAUCAGCAUCAACAUCAGGGCAUAGUCAACAAUGAUGCCAAUUUACAUCCAGCCAGUCAGCAACACCAACAGCAGCAACAACACCACCAACACCAUCAGCAGCAGCAACAGUUGGCUGUCAAUGGUGAUCAAACGCAGUAUUCAGAUGUGAAAUUCUCCGUUUUUAAUUGCAGUGAUCUGCAAACUGCCUCCUCGUGCAAUGCCACGCCCCAAUUACUAAACUGUGAUGACAUCCUUAUGCUUGAUGAUGACAGCAACCAAACGCAUGAGCAGCACCAGCAAGACCAAUUUGGCAAUUCCCUGGUCAGCAGCAAUAGUGGUGAUAAUUGUGGCCAUCAGCACCUACAGCACAACAACAAUUCGCAUCACCACAGCCACAAUCAAAGUGGUGGUGGUGGUGGUGGCGGGGGUGGGUUAGUGGAUAAUGGUCAACAGUUAUUCUCUUUGGCCCCCCAACAAACAGUGACCAUGAACAUUGCGAUACACAAUGGCAAUGGUGGCAACAAUGGUGCGGGUGCCAACGUUUCCAACACCAACAGCGACAGGUGCUUGAAAAAGGAGGAGCUAACAUUCCAUCUGGAUGAUGUCCCAGGCAGUUCCGCUGCCUCCAACAGUCUAUCGGCGAUCAUUGCCUCCCACAUUGCGCCCAUGGUGACCAUACCCUCUUGCACGGGUGAUGAUUGCAUGCUCAAUUCCACACCCAAUUCGCCACAGCUGGGUUUCUGUGGCCACUCGAGCUUUGGCGGCACCGCUGGGGAGGCCUGUGACACGGUCUCCCUGGGGCCACUAAUAACGGCCAACACGCAACAGAGCGAUCUCAACUAUUUGACAAAUGUCGAUAACAAUAGUCGUUUUUACGAUUUCGAUGAGCCAUCGCAAACGACUAGCCAUUUAGAAUUUAAUUUCCCACACACUGACUCACUCACACUAACCAAUUCACCCUACAUAUAAAAGUAAGCAAUGCAUAAAGAGCGCGCGAGAGCGAGAGCGAGAGAGAGAGAGACGAAAGGAAUACCCAACACACUUAACAAUCAAGCAACAAUUAGUAUUUUAAACUUAGCCACACUGGUCAUUACUCUCAGCCAAUAGGGGUUACAAUCAGUAAUCUUUCUUCCAUUCAAAAGAACAAAAAAAAAAAGAUCUCUUCAAUUCAAAACUUAUUGCCAGUAAUGCCUACUUCUUUAGAAAUCCUUGUAACAAGAGACUGUGAUACAAAACAAAAAGUGAAAAAUGCUUUUUUGGCAUUCUCCCGAAAAUAUUAGCAAGAGGCGAUUUAAAUCAGAGAAAUAACUAAUGAAAGCAUUUGUAAAUAGUCGUUGAGUGUCAUGUUUGUAUGUUUUAUUUUUUAAUAAUGCUUGGGGUUUUCAUGGUGCCGCCAAUUAAGCGUUUUUUUCACUUUGUUGUCAAAAGAACUUUAAAAACAAAGGGGAAAUUAUUGAAAGCAAUUUUUUUUAGCUUAGUAUAGAAGGGUUAAAGUGAUAUUUAGGGAAUAUUGACAUAUUGCAUUGUGUGAUGUUUUUUUUUUUUUUUUUUUUGUUAUUUUUUCGUAUCUUCGUGGGUGAAAAAAUGCAAUAUGCAAUAAGAGGUAUAAAAAAGGCUGCUAAAAAGUGGACAUUACUGGCUGUAAGAAGAAAAGAAAAAAAAAAUAGAUGAAGACACAUUUAAAUUACAAUGAGUUUCGAUGGAAUAAAGUUCAAAAGAGAAAGGGAAAAAGUUUUUAUUUUCUUUAAUAAAUCUUUUUUUAAAUACUUUAAAAAGCCUAGUAAAAUACCAACAUUUUCGAAGGCUUUACUUUGUUGUGAUAUUGUUUGAAAAUCUUUGCCUUUUUUAAAAGAAUUUAAUAUCGUUGGAUGUUAAAAGGACAUAAUUUAUAAUUGUUUUAAAAAAUUAUAAAAUCCUAUAAAAAAAUUUU